AUUCGAUGUGAUUCUAGGGUGUGUUAGAAGGUAUAUGCGAAUUAGGUACAAAACAAGGUCACAAGUGUAGCAAGGGGGCAGAAGACAUAAGAUCGUGACCUAGAAGUAAAGAUCACAGUCGAGAUCUUAGACCGCGAAGGAAAUGCCUUUGUCUGCUAGCUCACUUCUACUGUCACUCUAGGAAUUGGCCAAGUGAAACCACUUCCUAAAGUGUAGUAUAGCGGGUUUGGGUUUAAAUGUCAACCCGGGUCCUAGAUUUGAUGACUACUCGGUGAAUUCUUGUUAUCUAGCAAUGAAACUUUAAUGCAAGUCUAAACUAACAAACAAGCAAAGCAACUAAACGGUUGUAUUUAGGUUAAGAGAGGUCACCCGGAUAUGGUUCCCCCUAGACUGCAGUUAAGCCGGAUUGUAAUUACCAAGUUCAGUUUCUAUGAUAGUUAUACUGCGGAAGGUUCUUAAACAGCCCGAAGUCUCGACUAAAGGUCUUCAGACCCUCUCAAUCUGAGUCUCUAGCGGGCGACUAACAUCCACCGGAGUAAAUAGAUUGAGGCCCUAACGAACAAAACCUCCACUACCAACGUAAAUUCGGUACAGAAUAGUGAGUUGGCUCCUCGACUAAAGUCGCCAACUCCCUACCUUCAAUCAAGGAUGCUCUAUCAACCUAGGCAGAUAUUCUCAUUCUAGGUUAAAGCAGAAACAACAGGAAUUUGAUCAGGAUUCAUGCCAUUCAAUCAUUCAAACCUCAAUUGAAUAUAAUCAAAUCAUAGAUUCAGUACUUGGGUUCAUACAAUCAAACCUAACAUACAAAUCUAGGGUUCUCCAUACCCAGAUGAAUGGGAGAACUACUCCAUGGAGAAAGAAGCAAAAGCAGAAUCAGACACGGAAUUCAUACUGUGAAGGAUGGAUUCCUGCUCCUGGACGUUGAUUGGCACUCCUCCAAGCUCAAGCCAAGCUCCAAUGGUGAUGAAGAUCAAGCUAGGGCACUUGGAGACUCUUGUUCGUCGCUUUCUCUCUCUAGGAAUCGCUCUGUCUCUCUAAAACUCGAAUCCCCUUGAUCUUUGGCCUUCUUUUCCUUUAAACAGCUGCCUGUCGCGAUACCCGGUUGAUAGACCGUUAAUUACACAUGUUUUCACCCCUGUUCUUACACCGUUUGAGAUGUGGUUUCUCGUGUUUUAGGCCGAUUUCACGCUAGGUUGUGUUUGUUUGUGAUAUUUCAGGUCCUAGUACAUGAAUGGAGGCUUGGGAGCGAGUUUGGGGUCGAUUGGACGAAGAUCGGGCGCGAGGCAAGUCACAAAGGAGGCCACACGGGCACACCCACAACUCACACGGCCGUUCAAGUGACCACUUUGGCCGUGUGAGAUUGUACGAGAGCAAACACGGCGUGCCCUGAUGUUCACAUGGCCGUGUGAAGGAGUGGCCUGGCCGUGCGAGUUUCGCCGAGAGCAAACACGGGCAGAUGGAAAUCUCACACGGCCGUGCGACCCUGGCCGUGUGAGAAGCCUGAAGAUCGAACUAAUUGGAACGCACCGUUUUGAUUCACACGGGCAACUGGGUAUGCCACACGGCCGUGUGGCCCUGCCCGUGUGAGUCGGGAAUUCCUGGUUUUAACCCAAUUCCGGGCUGCAAGAGAGAGAAUCGGACUUUUUGAGCAAAAACAGAGCCCUAGAGAGAGAAAGGACGAAGAACACAUCCUAGAAGCCAUCUUGGAGCUGGGUUUCAUCAAAUCAAGCUUGGAGAUCGUCAUAGGAGUGGAAAUCAUCAUCCCAGAGUAGAUUCUUCCCAUAAGUAUGAGUAUGACUGCUUUGUAUCUUGUUUUCCUCUCUCUCUCUCUCUCUCUCUCUCUAUGGAGUAGAACCCCUCUCUCACUUGGGGAUGAAGAACCCUAGUUCUAUGUGUUAGGGAUUGAUUGUAAUGACUUGGGAUGAUAUUACUGUUUGAUUUUAAUCGAAUGAUGCAUGUUUAUUGAGUCAAUUGAAGUCUGAUCAACUUUUCCUGAUUCUUGCUGCAAUCUGAGAUUGAUAGAAUCUGAUUAGGUUGCUAGAGUCUCAUCAUUCGAUAGUAGGAGAUUGGCUAUACGAGAGUUAGCCAGUUUACUGCUUUGUACUGGAAUCCAGUUCCAGUAGUGGAGUUCUGUUCUUACUGCUUCAGCUUUCUAUCCCGGUGAAGACUAGUCGUCUGCCGGAUAGUUAGACCGAGAGGGCUUGGUCAGCUUAAGAGAUUCCAAGCUACUGUCGGAUCUUCCGCAGUCUAAUCAACAGUAAAUCAACCCAGGGAAAUACAAUUGAAACCUAACUAAGGAGCUAGGGGGACUCAUUCCCGAGUGACUCUUACCUGCUUGAGAAAACCGUAUCAAUUCCUGCUUUCUUUCUGCUUUUGCUUUUAAACAACAACCACUUACUUUAGUUGGCUAGAUAAUAGAGAAUCACUGAGUAAGUAGUAGAUCUAGACCCCGGGUUGAUAAUAUAACUUGCCUGUUACUGCAUUCCCGGUCUGCGAUUACACUUGGUCGCAGAUUGGUGUUGUGUUUUGGCGUGUCAUGUUUUUGGCGCCGUUGCCGGGGACCCUCUAGGUUAUUGGGGAAACGUGAGAAUUUGUUACUCUAGCUUUUUAUUUACUGCAUUUUAUCUCUUCCACCUGUGUGCCUUCACGGGUUGCUUCUGCUGAUUGUGUGCAGGUAGUGCAUGACCCGUAGCCAGUCGGGAGAUCUACUACCACUGGACCACGAGCUUGAACGAACCUGCAGAAACUUCAAGCGGGCUCUAAAGGCGCGACUGGCUGCGGAGGAGGCGCUAGCACAGCUACAGAUCACUGAAGAAGAGGAGAUGGCUGAUCCACAGGGCCAUGCUGUGGUCGAUCCCGAGGAGCAGACCAUGGGACAUUACUGGACCGCCAGGGCUGCAGACAUAAGGUCACCCAUUCAACACCCUCAUGUCCCAGCCAAUAAUUUUGAGGUGAGCACCUCAGUAAUCACCAUGCUGCGCGGUUCGGUGAUGUUCCGUGGCAAAGAGGGGGAGUGCCCCCGAUCACAUCUCAGGCGAUUCCAUGAGCUCAUCGAUGGAAUCAAGAUCAAUGGGGUCCCAGCAGAUGCCAUCCAGCUGAGGUACUUCCCAUUCACCUUGGAGGGGCAGGCCAAGGAGUGGCUAGACACUCGACCUCCGGGAUCCAUCACCACGUUCGCCAACCUGGCGGACAAGUUCCUUACCCGCUACCAUCCUCCGUCCAAGACGGCGGACUUGCAGAAGCAGAUUACCCACUUCACCCAGGAUGAAGAUGAGACCAUCCGGGAUGCCUGGGAGAGAUACAACAGCCUGAAGAUGAGACCAUCCGGGACGCCUGGGAGAGAUACAACAGCCUCUUCCUGAGGUGUCCCAAUCAUGGUUUCAAC